CAACUUCGUCCCUCUGGUCCCCGGUACCAGAGGUAUCGCUUCCCGAACCAUCUCAUAGAUAUACUCCUGCAGCUGAGAAGAAAAUGUGGAGGCUGAAGAUAGCGGAGGGCGUCGACGGCCCGUACUUGUACAGCACCAACAACUACGUUGGCAGGCAGACAUGGGAGUUCGACCCGGAGGGAGGCACCCCGGAAGAGAUCGCCGAGGUCGAAGCUGCUCGCCUCAAUUUCUACAACAAUCGCUUCAAGGUCAAGCCCAGCGCGGACCUCCUCUGGCGGUUCCAGUUUUUGCGGGAGAAGAAGUUUGAGCAGACGAUCCCGCCCGUGAGGGUGGACGAAGGGGAGGAGAUAACUUAUGAGAAGGCGACAACUUCUUUAAGGAGGGCGGUCCACUUCUUCUCCGCCCUGCAGGCAAGCGACGGGCACUGGCCUGCCGAAAAUGCUGGCCCUCUGUUCUUCCUCCCGCCCCUGGUGAUGUGCGUCUACAUAACGGGGCAUCUGAACACGGUCUUCCCUUCGGAGCAUCGCAAAGAAAUCCUUCGAUACAUUUACAACCAUCAGAACGAAGAUGGCGGUUGGGGAUUUCACAUCGAAGGACACAGUACUAUGUUUUGUACGGCUUUGAGCUACAUAUGCAUGCGCAUCCUCGGAGAAGGCCCCGACGGUGGCCAAGAUAAUGCAUGUGCUCGGGCACGCAAGUGGAUCCUUGACCGUGGCGGUGUCACCUACAUUCCUUCAUGGGGCAAGACGUGGCUCUCUAUACUUGGAGUCUUCGAGUGGUCAGGAAGCAACCCAAUGCCUCCAGAGUUUUGGAUCCUUCCUUCGUUUCUUCCUAUGCAUCCAGCCAAAAUGUGGUGUUACUGUCGGAUGGUUUACAUGCCGAUGUCUUACUUGUAUGGGAAGAAGUUUGUGGGACCCAUUACACCUCUCAUUCAAGAGCUAAGGGAAGAGCUUCAUACUCAACCUUACGACACCAUCAAUUGGCCAAAAGUCCGCCAUCUUUGUGCCAAGGAAGAUAUCUAUUAUCCCCAUCCUUUAAUCCAGGACCUACUAUGGGAUAGUCUUUAUAUAUUCACAGAGCCAUUCCUCAACCGUUGGCCCUUUAACAAGUUGAGAGAGAAGGCACUCCAAGUGACCAUGAAGCAUAUACAUUAUGAAGAUGAGAAUAGCCGAUAUAUUACCAUUGGAUGUGUCGAGAAGGUACUCUGCAUGCUUGCCUGUUGGGUGGAAGACCCAAACGGAGACUAUUUCAAAAAGCAUCUUGCAAGAAUCCCUGAUUACCUUUGGGUUGCUGAAGAUGGAAUGAAAAUGCAGAGUUUUGGAAGCCAAGAGUGGGACACAGGCUUUGCAAUCCAAGCAUUACUUGCUAGUGAUCUUACAGAUGAGAUAGGACCGGUGCUCGCGAGAGGACAUGAUUUCAUUAAAAAGUCUCAGGUCAAGGAUAAUCCUUCUGGAGACUUUAAAAGCAUGCACCGUCAUAUCUCUAAGGGGUCGUGGACUUUCUCUGAUCAAGAUCAUGGCUGGCAAGUAUCGGACUGCACUGCUGAAGGUUUGAAGUGUUGUCUGCUUUUCACGCUCAUGCCCCCGGAAAGCGUUGGGGAGCAUAUUGAACCCGAGCGGCUCUAUGAUGCUGUUAACAUCCUUUUGUCGCUACAGAGUAAGAAUGGUGGGUUAGCAGCGUGGGAACCUGCAGGAGCUCAGGAGUGGUUGGAACUCCUUAAUCCGACUGAAUUCUUCGCCGACAUUGUGAUUGAGCAUGAGUAUGUAGAGUGCACGUCAUCAGCCAUGCAUUCUCUAAUCUUGUUCAAGAAGCUAUACCCGGGGCAUAGGAAGAAAGAAAUUGAUAAUUUCUUGACUAAUGCUGCAAGUUAUCUCGAGAACAUACAGAUGCCCGACGGUUCGUGGUAUGGGAAUUGGGGAGUUUGUUUCACAUACGGUACAUGGUUUGCUCUGGGAGGAUUAGCAGCCGUAGGCAAGACAUACAAUAAUUGUGCAGCUGUUCGCAAAGCCGUGAAAUUUCUACUCCAAAGCCAAUUCAAAGACGGUGGGUGGGGAGAGAGCUACCUCUGUUGUCCAAAGAAGGAGUAUGUGCCUUUGGAGGGAAACAGGUCGAAUUUGGUGCAUACAGCAUGGGCGAUGAUGGGUCUUAUUCAUUCAGGACAGGCGGAGCGGGAUCCAACUCCCCUUCAUCGAGCUGCAAAGCUGCUAAUCAACUCCCAACUGGAAGAUGGUGAUUUCCCUCAACAGGAAAUCACGGGAGUAUUCAUGAAGAACUGCAUGUUGCACUACGCAGCUUACAGAAAUAUAUACCCGUUGUGGGCCCUAGCUGAAUAUCGGAAAAGGGUACCAUUGCCAAGCAACAAGUAGAAUCCAAGCAAAACGUUUAUCAUGUACAUUAAAUUACAGAGAAGGCAGGGAGGGGUCGUUUCACUGAGACCUCCUUGCUUUUACAAUAAUCGGAUCCCAAGCAUUACCAGCAGUUAUAUCAAACUGUUGAUAUAUGUUGGUCCGGCUUAAUAUUGUAUCAUGUUACUGAUGUAAAGGCAGUUGUUAUCCUUAUAUAAAGGUAAUGAAGAAAUUCUUUCCCUGUAUGUACGAGUUUCUUUUUUUUAGCCCGAAAAAUGAAGAUGAGCAAUAUGUAUACUAGCUGGAUAGGGAAAACAUGAUUAUUAGUACAAACAUAAUUAGUCAAA